AUGAUAUCUCCGAAAUCCUCGCCUUAUCUGGUCAUCGGGUGCGCAAUCGCGACUGUAACCUUGCUCCUGUCCCUGCACAAUCGCCUAAGCGUCUCCUCAACACCAUCAAACUGGGGCUUAUCAAGUCAAUCAUCCUCUUCCAAUAAUGCCAAUUACAGAUCCGCAUCGGCAAGAAAGUCGAUAGACACGACGUCGGAGAUCGGUCGCGCAAGUAACGCAACAGUGGGGUUCCACAAGAUUCUCGUGCUGAGUCUGCCCGAGCGGUCGGAUAAGAGGGAUGCUUUCGUUUUGUCUGCAUCUUUGACUGGCUUCCAGGUAGAGUUCUUCGACGCUGUGAAGGGCGACGAGGUAUUGGAGAAAGCUCGACCACCAGGCAUGGAUUUGAAAGGAGGUGGGCUUGGUUCCUGGCGUAGUCAUUUGAACGCAAUUCGCAGCAUACUCGAGACGAAUGCCGCAAGUGUCUUCAUCAUGGAAGACGAUGUAGACUGGGACAUCCGUCUCCUCUCACAACUCCCCGAAUUCGCCAAAGGUGUGCGCUCCCUAUCCGGCGUCAAACCUUCCGAGGCCCAACACUCUCCAUACGGCGAUGACUGGGACAUUCUCUGGCCCGGCCACUGUGGUGAGGUGUUGCCCAAAGGCGACGAUCGUCGCUACACAAUUUCAAACGACGAAACAGUUGCGCCGAAAGCCCACCAGCCUUGGCUCAUGGGUCUGAAAGACAUGCCGGAGAAGACUCGCAUGGUCCAUAAAGUUGGAGCGCCAAUAUGUACUUUUGGCUAUGCGGUCUCCUAUCGUGGUGCUCAGAAGCUUCUCAUGGCCUUGGCAAUCAAGGGAGGUGGGAAUCUGGCUUUUGAUAAUAGGCUUGCGUAUCUCUGUCGAGAUGGGGCCUUGGAUCUAAAAUGCUAUUCCGUGGAACCUCAGCUUUUUCAGCAUCAUCGACCUGCUGGUUCUGUUAAUAAGGACAGCGAUAUCAAUGGAGGAAAUUCGGAUGCGGUGAGGCAAAAGGGCGUUACGGGUUUUAUUGUUUUGAGUGCGAGGUUGAAUUUGGAGCAGAUGAUCACGGGGUCUGAAGAGUAUGUAAAGCAGUGGUGA